AUGUCGACCACGUCAUAUCAAACGAACGCCAAACCGAGAGGCCGCGCUGGGAGCUACAGCGAAAGUUCCGAAAAGCAGAGUAGUAGCAGGGCAUCCAGCUCUGCAUCUUUGCGACUCUCCAAAACGUUGUCAAGAGCCCUCGACGAAGUCUUUGUGCCGAGGAAUAGUCGACCUAGCUCGCCUAUUGUGUACGUUCGUCGAUCAAAAACUCACGACCUUGGCCGACUAGAGUCCGUCAUGACCUCUCCCAGGCACUCAACAAGUUCGGUGCGAUCAGCCAGGGCCAUGGAACCAAAUCUUGACGAUGCUCAAAAAUCAAGAAAGGAUGGACUAAGCAAGGAAAAGCCGGUCAUCAUCGCAGAGCCCGAGGGUCAAGGGCCCAAUAGGGCAACUGAAGAUUUGCAAAUUGCGGCAGGAGGGAGUAGCGGCCAGUCAAUAUCGGCGCCGCUCUCUGUGCGGUCGCCGUCAUCAAUGCAACCGACUGUCAUCGAAGAAGCCGACGAGACCCUGGUCGCAAAACCUCUGUCCCUUGAGAAAACAGUGCCUUCCAUUGCAGAAGGUCCGGACGUAGGACACUCGUCUGCAAUCACCGAGUCUGCGCCGACAGAUGUCGCACCUGUCCUAUCACAUGCUGCGGUGGACUCCUCUUCGCCAUUCCAACCUACCCCGACACCAAUCGUUGGGCCUUCAGAGGCAACUCAUCAGGAUACACUGGUCGCACCGUCUCCGCAAGCUCCAGUGACCUUUAUUCAACCUACGCUUGUUCACUCUCUACCAGGAGGUAGUGAAGUAGAAGUUCCGAUACCUAUCAGAGGUGAUCCUAUUCGUGAGACUGAAGGCAAUGAACACUGUCAAGGACAUCCCAACACUGGUUCCCCGUUGGCCUCGCCGCCGCAAUCCCCUAUGUUUUAUCAGCACGUGGGCCGGCCGGCUUCCCAACCUGCACCAUACCCCUCCAGGUAUCCAUAUCCACACCCUCACAUCAACAACUCUCCAAGUCAACAUCCGUUCUAUCCUGCUCCUUUCCCAUUCCCCAUGGCUCCGUUCAGCCUACCGGAGACAGUCUUCAGCCCUGGCUCGGGAAGCGCCAAAGACGAGCGGACAAAGUUGUUAGAGAAAGUAUCCAAUGUGCUUCCCGACAUCAACCGCCUCCUUCACUACUACCAAGAAACCCAAGGUCUUCUGAGUCAAAAGGACCAUCUGGUAAAGCAAAACGAGACACAACAUGAAGAAGCGAUGAAUAGAAUCAAGAUAGAGUUGAGCGUUACAAAGGAAGAAUACGAAAGAAUUAUAGGUGAACAAGCCAGCGAAAAUCUUAGACUCAAAAGCAACGUCAGAGAACAAGCUGAGAAGAUUUCGGGAUUGGAGCGUAUAUCACGCGAAGCAAGUGGUACCAAAGAGCAAUUGGCAGAUCUGCAGGCAAAACAACAGUCAUUGCAGCAGCAAAUGGAGCAGGUCAAAGCGCACAACGAGGAACUUCUGAGCCAAACGCGUAUCAUGGAAGGUAAGUUGGAAAGCAUCAAGAAAGACGCCGAUAUCAGUAAGGCAGAGCAUGGCCAGGCUAUCACAAAGCUAAAGAUAGAGCAUGAAAAAACGCUCGCAGACAAGGAGGAAAACCGUGCAAGGCUACUGAAUGACCAGAAGUCCAGUCUUUCAAAGACUCAACUCGACUUAGCUGGCAUGAUCACCAAGCAUACGCAACAGAAAAGGGAUCUGGAGCUCGCUCGAUUGACCAUUUCGCAGCAGGAAGAAUUACUAGCACGCAAAGACAAAGAGUUGGCAGACACUCUUGAUUUGCACAAGAGCCAGCUACAGGCCACGACUAGGGCUUGGGAUGAGAGGGCCGACGAGCACAAGAAAGAAAUGUCAUCACUGUCUGAGAAGCUUGCAGGUAUCAUUGCUAGGAAUAAAGCCAAGUCAGAAGCUCUCCGUGCUUCGCAUCAGAAGGAUAUUGACCAACUGAGGAAAACGGCGGAUGAGGAGCGCUUGAAGCUUGUCGAGUCUCUUGAGCUGCGCGAGAAAGACUUACGAAUUGAGCUUAAUGACUCACAGAACUCACUGCGCAAGUUACAGGACGAGCUCGAUGGAAGAUAUGAAGGCCAUCGAAAAUUAGAGUCCGAGCUUGCAGUUGAAAGGAAAGCCCACGACGAUCUCAAGAACCGCCACGAGACCGCCACGAGCCACCACCUUGCACUUGCGAGUUCAAUGCUGAGUCUGAGAAGCAAGCAAGCUGAAUGGGCGCGAGAAGCUGAAAGAAUGGACCGAAUAUUGCAGAGCCUGGGACAAGUUGGCUCUAGGAGUAAAGGCGAUACAGAUCAGUUUUUUAUAAAGGCUUUUGAUCAGCUAGCGCUAUUGGUGGUAAGACUCUCGAAGGAGUAUUGCAGUACUUCUUUGGUGUGCACCACUACGUUCCAAGAGCAGUGUACAGAUGUGGGUCUACCAGAUUUUACGGACGACACCGAAGCGGUUAGAAGUCUACAGUCCCUCUUUGCCGAGAGCCAGGUAUGGAAAGUACUUCACGAAGUCAUCUUUCUACCUUUCAUGUUCGGCUCGGCAGGCGACGACCUUACUGAUACUGCAUCAAGCACAUGCCUACCGAAAGUCUCGAAGCUGAUCACGAGGAAGAGCGUGCGCCGAGAAGCGAUCUGGCGUGCUAUCACGAUGCAGGCUAUCUAUGCGAGCGACUAUGGCCGCAAGGCCGCCAUUGCCACUGCGACGUUAGCAAGCUGGGAGAUUAUGCACAAAUUGCAGCGAUUGUGUGCACCCGAACUACAUUCACAGCUGUUCCAAGAUGUUCGCGUAAUAGUCAAAUCGGCGGUGCAUAUAUGGCGACAGGCUCGACUCGUGUUGGAUCCGAUUUACUCCAGCUUAGAGACCAAAGAGGACGCAAAAAGGGGGCAGGACAGGAAGCUGGCUACGAACGACUCCGAUGUCGUGCUUUGGCUACGGCCACACAUUGUGAGGGAAGAUCUGAUGAUGAGCAUACGGACAGAUGAAGACGGUGGGCAAGACAAUGACAGCCAGGAAACAUGCUACGUUUACCUCCAAGGGAAAACACUAGGGUUGAAGCAAUUAAUGGAUUUGACACGGCAAUAA